CGUCCUGUCGCCGGCCGCUAGCGCCCGGGGGACGCCGGAGGGUCCGCGGGCAGCCGGGGCGUCCGUCCUUUGUGAGGGAGGGUGCGGGACGGGAAUGUGGGCGCCGCGGAGGAGUUUUCUCUCCUGCUGGAACUCCGGGGCGUGUGGACCGACCGGGAGCCAUGGACUGAGGGCGUGAGCGGCGCGGGGCAGUCAUGACUUCUGCCGCCGAGCUUAAGAAGCCACCACUGGCUCCCAAGCCAAAAUUAGUGGGGACAAGUAACAGGCCACCUCCCCCUCCCAUCGCACCUAAACCGGACAUCGUAAAUGCUAGUGUUCCACGGUUAACAAAGAAAACCAAACCGGCCAUUGCGCCAAAACCAAAAGCCCUGACAAACUCAGUUGUUGAAGACAUCAAGCAGUCACCCUCCAAGAAACCCCCUGUGAACCUAGAGGAACGGGGGCCAGAAUUACCCGAAAGCACCGGCAAGUGUAAUUGCCAAGAUGUCGGGGAUCCACACGGUGAUUAUAUUUUCCCAACGUGUUCCUGCAGUUCUGGGUGUAUUCGUGAACCUGGGAAUGGAGAACGUCUGUGUGCAAAGCAGCUUGUUCUAGAGCCUCUGGGAAGGAAAGAAAAUGUAGAGAAUCGUCAAAACGGGGAGUCCUCUUUAACUGCCAAGAGGAGGAAUGGGUGGGAUUUGAGCGGUGCAAAGGGCCGGAGCCAGAGUGGCGUGAUUUUAAAGGCCGGCAUCUUAGAGGAGAAGCUCAAAGAGGUCUUAACACAACAGCGAUCCCCCUGUAGUUCCCCGAGGAAGCACAGAUCUCCAAACAGCGCAGACAUGAAUGGCGACUCUUGUUGCAGCCGACAGAUCAGAAUUGAAUUUGCAGCUCUGUCCCCUAACCUGUCCAGCUUGGACAAAGUUCCUGCUCAUCCCAGCUGCCCCCCACAGCUCCCUAGGGAUGAGACUUGUCAAGCUGGCAAGAGCGCUAGCCACUCUCAUUCCUGUGAACUGGAGGACACAAAGGUGUCUUCAGAUGGAACUAGUCAGAAGACAGAGGUCACAGAUCUUGGUCCUCUAGAAAUUCGCUUAUUACCUUAUACCUCCAAGUUUCCGACACCCAAGCCCAGAAAGACACGUGCUGCUCGUCUGCUUCGCCAGAAGUACAUAGAUACUCCUAGUGAAAGCCUCGAAGGGCCAGAGGAUUCAGACAAUGGCUCUUCUUGUCUCCUUGAAGAUAGUUUGAAAAACAAUCAAGUCAGUGUUCUGCAUCAGGAUGCUUUGUGUAACCAGGGACAAGUGGACAAAGUGAAGCCAGUGGACCAAAGGGCAUUGCCUAGGGACUCCAAGAGUGACAGACAGGACCCAGUCAACUCCCGGAAAGCUGUGCGUCACGAAACGUCUUCUUUGGAAAAAGUGGCACCUCCUCUAGGUGCAGAUUCCAUUUUGAAUUCUGACAGCAGAGCAGACAAUGGUUCUGGAAUGUUACCUGCUGUGGACAAAGAGGCUAGUUUUCUACAGUGCCCUGCUCAGUCUUUGAGCUUGCCUAAGCAAGUCAAAUUAUCCUGCACUGAGCAUCUGCCAACUACCUGUAAUGUGGAAUUGUCUGUGCCUCAAAUACAAAAGGAACCUAAAAUUGUUCCCAAGAAACCCCAGAGACACAGCCUACCUGCUGCUGGGGUGCUUAAGAAGGCUGCUUCUGAGGAACUUGUAGAAAAAAAUUCUUACUCUUCAAGUAAAGAAACAAAUUCGGAGAAAGGUCUACAAAGAAAUCACCUUCAGCAUGUGGGUCCCUCAAACCAUGGUCUAUCACCAUCCUCCUUUGAUAAGCCCAACCCGACUUCAGAAAAGCCGGUGUGGAAGUUACCUCAUCCUAUUUUACCCUUUUCAGGGAGCCCAGAAUCCUUGAAGCGGGUCACUUUAUCCUUAAAUAAUGAGCCUUCUAUUUCCCUAACCAAGCCAAGAGCAAAAUCCUUGUCGGCUGUGGACACGGACAGGUGCGAUAAACCUUGCAAAGAACCUCCAAAGAAAACUUCUUUUAAGAAGUUGAUUAACGUGAAACUGUCCAUUGGUUUCAUAAAGAGUGACUUUCAGAAAUUUAGGUCGAAGAGUUGCCAACAUGGGGACGACACCACAGGUCAUCUGCUCAGUAGAGAGCCGAAAGGGCUUGAAAGGGAUGGGCAAGGUUUGGGGACAGGAGACGAGAAGAGAGGUAAACCCACCAAGGCAUAUUCUGCAGAAAACUGCAGCCUGGAGUCUCAGAAGGUAAAGUCUUGGGGCCAGACCAGUGCAGCUAAUGGUCACAGAGCUGAGUCUUUGGAUGACCAGCUGCUGUCCAGGAACUCAUCCUGUCCGGUGUCCUACAAGUCCAGUACGAGUGACUGUGCACCAGAGUAUGAGAAUGUACGCCAUUAUGAGGAGAUCCCAGAGUAUGAAAAUUUGCCCUUCGCUUUGGCCGGAGGGAAAACUCCAGAGUUGGGGUGGCAGAAUUCCAGCAGUGUGGAGGACACGGAUGCCAACCUGUAUGAAGUAGAGGAGCCCUAUGAUGCUCCAGAUGGCCAGCUGCAACUUGAUCCUAGACACCAGCCUUCCAGUUCUGGAACAUCCCAGGAGGGGCAGGAUGAUCAUCUUGGUCUUGGUGACCUGCCCUCUGAUGAGGAAGUCAUCAGUAGUUCUGAUGAAGAUGAUGUCAGCUCUGAGUCCAGUAAAGGCGAACCAGACCCGCUGGAAGAUAAACAGGAUGAAGAUACUGGGAUGAAAAGCAAAGUCCAUCACAUUGCCAAGGAGAUCAUGAGCUCUGAGAAAGUGUUUGUGGAUGUGUUAAAACUUUUGCAUAUUGAUUUCCGGGAUGCGGUAGCCCAUGCAUCCAGGCAACUUGGGAAGCCCGUGAUUGAGGACCGGAUCCUGAACCAGAUCUUGUACUACCUGCCUCAGCUGUACGAACUCAACCGGGAUCUCCUGAAGGAACUGGAGGAAAGACUGCUGAGCUGGAACGAACAACAAAGGAUUGCCGACAUCUUCGUAAAGAAGGGGCCAUAUUUAAAAAUGUAUUCCACAUACAUCAAAGAGUUUGAUAAGAACAUAGCUCUGCUGGAUGAGCAGUGCAGGAAAAAUCCAGGAUUUGCUGCGGUUGUUAGAGAAUUCGAGAUGAGCCCCCGAUGUGCCAGCCUGGCCCUGAAGCAUUACCUGCUGAAGCCAGUUCAGAGGAUCCCUCAGUACAGGCUGCUGCUGACAGACUAUUUAAAGAACCUCCUAGAAGACUCUGCAGAUCACAGGAACACCCAAGAUGCCCUAGCUGUUGUUAUAGAGGUAGCCAACCAUGCCAACGACACCAUGAAGCAAGGGGACAACUUUCAGAAGCUUAUGCAAAUUCAAUACAGCUUAAGUGGACACCAUGAAAUUGUGCAGCCUGGGCGGGUGUUUCUCAAGGAAGGCACUCUGAUGAAGCUGUCUCGGAAGGUCAUGCAGCCCCGAAUGUUUUUCCUGUUUAACGAUGCCCUGCUGUAUACAACACCCGUGCAGUCUGGGAUGUACAAACUGAACAACAUGCUCUCCCUGGCCGGGAUGAAGGUCAGAAAACCCACCCAAGAAGCAUAUCAGAAUGAAAUAAAGAUUGAAAGUGUGGAACGUUCUUUCAUCCUCUCAGCCAGUUCUGCCACAGAAAGAGAUGACUGGCUGGAGGCCAUAUCCAGGGCAAUAGAAGAGUACGCCAAGAAGAAGAUCACCUUCUGCCCCAGCCGGAGCCUUGAUGAGGACUCAGACAAGAAAGAGGAAGUUAGUCCCCUUGGGUCAAAGGCUCCCAUCUGGAUUCCUGACACCAGAGCCACCAUGUGUAUGAUUUGCACAAGUGAAUUUACCCUGACCUGGAGAAGACAUCACUGCAGGGCCUGUGGGAAGAUCGUGUGCCAAGCCUGCUCGUCAAAUAAGUAUGGCUUAGAUUACCUGAAAAGGCAACCAGCAAGAGUGUGUGAACACUGCUUCCAAGAACUGCAGAAAUUAGAUCACCAGCUGCCUCCUAGGAUUGGAUCUCCUGGGAAUCACAAGUCCCCCUCAAGUGCCUUGUCAUCAGUCCUGCACAGUAUCCCAUCGGGGAGGAAACAGAAGAAAAUCCCAGCUGCUCUCAAGGAAGUGUCAGCAAACACCGAAGACUCUACCAUGAGUGGCUACCUUUACAGAUCCAAGGGCAGCAAAAAGCCCUGGAAACACUUAUGGUUCGUCAUCAAAAACAAAGUACUCUAUACAUACGCCGCAAGCGAGGAUGUGGCAGCUUUGGAGAGCCAGCCUUUAUUAGGAUUUACCGUCACGCAAGUCAAAGACGAGACUUCAGAGUCCAAAGUGUUUCAGUUACUGCACAAAGGCAUGGUGUUUUAUGUAUUUAAGGCAGAUGAUGCCCACUCCACCCAGAAGUAAGUAAUGCAGAUUUCCCUGUGCCACGCACGGGAGAAUCCAAGCUGUUGUUUUAAAUGGUAUUUUAAAAGCACAGAGAGCAACUCAGAAUUUACAUCAGAGAUCCAAACUAGAAAGAUCUAACCUGUUAUUCAGAUGAUUUUUAAGCAGAAGAGGAAAGAAAAUGGGUAGUCCUGUCCAUAGUGUGUGUCCACAUGUUACCUGGGAGGAAGCUCUUGGAGCUCUGCUCGGAGGGCGGUGGAAAUGCAGAUGUGAAGCCCGGCUUCAGUGAGGGCAGCGAUUCCCCAGCCAGUUGUUCUGUGGACUGCAGGACUUCAGACAACUGCUGGCUAGCUUACGGCCAUGCAGGGAAAGUGAGACGCGUUAACUGACUCACGGGCGGUCUCCAGGGACCGAGUAGAAGGAAGCAGGUAUCAUUUUAGAUGCUCGAGACCGAAGCAGUCUCUUCAAAAUCCCAGCAAGAAUCUUAAUUUGAGGUGCUAGGAGACUGUUUAAGCUACAGGUGUGUACCCGUGAAGUGAAGGCCCCCUCUGAGCAAAUGGCUCAGCUUACCUCUCCUCACAUUUGAUUUUACUCCACCUCACAGAGCACACCGCUGCCUGUGGGUUUUCCCAGCAGGCUUUCAAGUGACGUGCUUGGGAUACAAGGGAGUGCUUUUGAGUAGAGGCAGGGUGCGCACUUUUGUAGGCAGUUAGGAGUUAAUGUGCUGGAGUUGCAGAUGUUCCUGGGUACCAGCCAGGCCCAAUGCUACACUUUUAAAGAGUCCCCCUGCCUCCGUCUGCUUUAGGAUACGCAGUAAUGUGCAGCUGCUUAUCCAAAUGACUCCUUCUGGGUA